UAUUGCGUCGUCUGCUUUGCUGAUUGCUAAAUCAUUUUUAUAUUUUACGUAGAAAAUAUUAGAUUUGUGGUUUUUAGAAAUUUUGGUAAAAUUAGGAUGAAUCCUAUAAGAAAAUAUCUUCACAAUGCAAAGAAGAAUAGAAGAAUCUUCGUUGAAUUGACAGGGUUUUCCUGUAGUCAGUCGAACUUGGCGUUUGUACCAAAAUGUCAGCCGGCAAAGGAGGAAGAGCUGUAUUUGCUAAAAAAAUUUCUGGAUGACGAAGGAAAACUCUGCGUCCUUACAGGGGCUGGAAUAUCCACAGAAAGUGGAAUUCCGGACUACCGUUCAAAGGACGUAGGACUCUAUGCCACCAGUGACAAACGACCUGUACUUUACAAGGACUUUGUACAGAAGGAUUACGUGAGACGUAGGUACUGGGCAAGAAAUUAUGUCGGAUGGCCGAGAUUCUCAUCUUUUGAGCCCAACUUUACUCACAGAGCCCUCAGACAUUUGGAAAUUGAAGGUCGUUUACAAUGCAUCGUGACACAAAAUGUUGACAGACUUCAUACCAAAGCAGGAAGUCGCAAUGUCAUAGAACUUCAUGGUACGGCCUACACCGUUGUGUGUCUCGGUUGUAAUAAAAAAAUCAAUAGGUUCGAUUUUCAGAAAAUCUUAAAACAUCUUAAUCCAACAAUGAUCGCUCGUACCCGAGAGAUUAGACCGGAUGGCGAUGUCGAAUUAACCCAGGAACAAGUAGACGAUUUCGUAGUCCCAUCUUGUGACAAUUGUGAGGGUAUAUUGAAGCCAGAUAUAGUGUUUUUUGGUGAUAAUGUGCCACGAACGAUCGUGGAAAAUGUUCGUGAAAACGUCGACCAGUCUGACGCUCUUUUAGUCCUGGGGAGUUCAAUUACGACAUUUUCCGGUUAUAGAAUUAUCUUACAAGCUGUUGAGGCAAAAAAACCCAUUGCUGUUGUCAAUAUUGGUGAAUCUCGAGCCGAUAAACAUGCAGUUCUUAAAGUUUCAAGCCGUUGCGGUGAAGUACUUUCAAAACUGUUUGAAAACUGUCAUGAAAUGAGGUAAAAAUUCGACAGGAUCAAAUGACCUCAAAUCUUAUGAAUUUUAAAUUUAUUUGACUGAAUCGCAUCGAUUCAUUCGACAUUCUCGCUUGCCGUGUCAAUUAAGAUUUUAGACAAUUAAUAUAUGAAUGUGUAAAUAGAACGCGUAUCUAUAUUUCAUGGACAAAGAUUAUAUUACUAUAUGCAUAUAUAUUUUGUUUAUCGAACAGUAAUGCACAAAAAAUAGAGUUAUUUUGGCGUUCUCCACUCUGACGUUAAUAAAAAUCGUAUGGAAACCUGGCAAAAUGUUGAUUGAAAUUCGAGCAAUUCAAGAUUCGCAUAUUUAUGUGUGUAUGCGCUUCGAUCUAAAAAUAUUUAUGUCCGCAUAAAUUAUAAGUAAAAUUCGGGGAGCUGUUAACAAAUCUACAAAUGCAACUGCAACUCAAGUAGAGUUUGAACUUGAGCGAAUACAAUUUCUCUAUGUAUUUGAUUCGACUUUUAUAAAAUUAUCGAAACAAAUUGUAUAAUUGAUCUCUUUCUUUUUUUUUCAAAGCACCUUACAGAUGUGAAAUGAGAAGAAAAAUUCUUGUUAUAUAAGCCAUUUAUUAUUCAAUAUUUAACGAAUGAAACAGCAAAGAAUUAUAUUAUUCAUUGUUCAACGAUCAACAUGCAAUGGUCCGCUCGUACCUUAACCCGUAACAUCUUAAACGAACGAAAUAUUUGUUGACUCGCUAGUACAUCCUGAAAUUUCAUUGCUAUAUUACUGUGAAUGUUGAUGAGGGCAACGAAUGAUACUAAACAGGAGGAAUUCAUUCGUCAGUACUUCUUUAUAAUUUUUUCAUCCUGUGUCAACGAAAAAAACAUAUUAUAAAACUAAUAUAAUGCUAAUCUUGUAGUUGAUGCGUCUCACAGUGUACGUGCGUGAUCAAAUUUGUGGAAAAUUUUUUAAAGAAAAAAGAAAACUCCAAACGUAUGUUCCAAUAGGAUCGUCAUAAUACAUUAGGAAUUUUUCGUAUGUAGAAUCGUGCCAAACGUUUAAUUCACCAAGAAUUUUUAACACUGCAACGAUUGUUUUCAGAAGUAAAAACUCUGUCGAUACAUUUGUUUCUCA